AUGGAACCUACUGAGAGAAACAAUUACGCAAUAGCCAAACGGUUAUGUUUCAACUGCCUGGUACCAGGACAUUCAGCAUUUAGUUGUAAGUUACCUAUGUCCUGUAGAAUAUGUCAAAGACGUCAUCAUUCUCUCCUACAUGUAACCGAGAACCAGGAAUCUGCGGCAUCAACGAGCAAUUCACAACCACAUCCGCAAAUUUCACAACAUGUAGAAGAAAAGCAAGAAGAUGUACAAGCACACACAAUGAAUGCGUCACACUUUACAACCAGACAGGGAGUAGCACUAUUAGCGAGUGCAGUCGUAGAAGCAGUAAGUGAACAAGGAUACAACAUUCCACUACGAGCGUUAAUAGACCAAGGUUCACAAGCAACAUUUAUUAGCGAGAAGGCGACGCAACUACUUAAGUUAGAACGUAAACCAAUGAAAGGCAAUGUCGUUGGGGUGGGAUCAGUAAAAAUAGAAAUCAAUCAUGUGGUUCAGCUACAAUUAAAAUCGCGAUGGGAUCCAAAUUUCAACUUACCUAUUCAAGCUUAUGUCAUGUCAAAACAGCUGACCAUAAAGUUGCCCGCCAGAACAAUUGCGACACACCCAUGGCCACACCUCAAGGGCCUCGAGCUGGCUGAUACAAACUAUUUUCAACCUGGUCAUAUAGAUAUACUCUUAGGAGUCAAGGAAUAUUCUGAAAUAUUGCAACAAAACUAUAUCAAAGGUCCUCCAGGCACACCGUGUGCAAAGAAGACCAGCCUAGGAUGGAUACUUUUUGGAGAAAUUCAUUCACCUCAACACGAGUCUUACGUAGUAAUGCAUCAUCAAAUCGACGUUGAUGACCUGUUAAAAUCUUUUUGGGAAAUAGAAGUAGAUACUGAAAGAUGCUUAACACAAGAAGAAAAGCUAUGUGAACAAAUAUAUGAAAACACAACGACCAGAAAUCAAGAAGGAAGAUAUAUUGUUAAAUUACCGUUCAAUACAAGUAACCCACUAUCACCUAAAGGAAAGACUAAAGUACACGCCUAA